AUGCACAUAUUCUACGAGCCGAAACCAAGGGUUCUUGCCCAUACGACGCUAUCUGCUGCCAUUCCGUCUUUCUCUCCAAACAUCCAACAAAUCCUUUUGACGGCCGUGAUAUUAGAUGGUAUGAUAGUGGAAGAGAGUCUUAGAGUUAGUCCAGGAGAGAGCGAGGCCAAUACGCCUCCUGUCCCGGGUGACAUUCCAUACCAAAAACUUUUUCCAACCACAGGCUGCGGAUUUGGUGCGGCCGUCUCCAACAGCUUACUCGUCAGCAGAGUCCUGCACGACUGGCCGGACAGAGAUUACGUGAAAAUCCUCGAGGACUUGAUCCCUGUCAUAGCCAAAGGGAAUACGAAACUGUUCAUCAUCGACCGGGUGCUGCCAGAGAAACCCAGGGAGAUGUUUUUGCAUCAAGAGGCGCUGAUGCAAAGCUUGGGCCUUCUUAUGUGCAAGGAACGAAGCUUGGGUGAAUGGAAGACUUUGUUCAAGGACGCCGAUGGGAGAUUGAAGAUCGAGAGAGUGGACAUGCUGGUCAAUUCAGACCUGGGCAUGUUGGAGGUUGUAAUGGAAUGA